AUGUCAGAAACAAGCAAUGAGGUCAGACCCUGGAGAGCCAAGAAUCUUGAGCGCAAUCGCAUUUUUGCCAACAAGUGCCGAAUGAAGAAGAAGAAGAAUCACAAGAGUAUGCAGGCUCUGUUGAAUACCGAAACAUCCAAGCGCGACUCCUUGCUGUCAGAAUUGGGGCGGUUGAAGGACGAACUUUGGUACCUCAAAAACAUGAUCUUCGAACACGCCAAUUGCGAACAUCAAGGUAUUAAUAGUGAGCUAGCUAAGAUGACGCAAAGAAUCCUUGAAAGCAGCUCAGGGCAGUUGAAAUGUCCCUCUCUAGCCUUCUCAACAAGUACGUGCUCCGACGGGUCGAUACGUGGGGAACCAAGCGGCCGAGAGCACGUCACACUUCCAAUAGGGGUUGUCAGCUAUGGGGCCAGCCCCGAAGCGAUUUUUGAAGAUAGUCUUGGUCUGGCGACACUAUAG